AUGCCACAGCUGAACGGAGGUGGUGGGGACGAUUUGGGGGCCAAUGAUGAAAUGAUAUCUUUCAAAGACGAAGGGGAACAAGAGGAAAAGAUAUCCGAAAACGUAUCGGCGGAAAGGGAUUUGGAUGAUGUGAAAUCCUCUUUAGUGAACGAGUCGGAAAACAACAGCAGCUCGUCAGACUCAGAGCAAGCAGAGAGGCGCCCCCAAACCAGACCCGACUCAGAAAGUUAUGAGAAAGCAAGAGACUACUUCGGUGAAGCACUGAGAAGGCAGCAAGAUGGUGGCUUUUUUAAGAGUCCACACUAUCCUGGUUACCCGUUUCUUAUGAUCCCAGACCUCACCAAUCCCUACCUAUCCAACGGCUCACUGUCUCCGAGUGCAAGAACAUACCUGCAGAUGAAAUGGCCUCUUUUGGACGUCCCCGGAUCUGCAGGACUCAAAGACUCACGUUCUCCAACCCCAGGACAUUUAUCCAAUAAAGUCCCAGUGGUCCAGCAUGCCCACCAUGUCCACCCGCUGACGCCACUCAUCACCUACAGCAAUGAACACUUCUCCCCCGGCACGCCGCCAUCGCACCUCUCUCCGGAGAUCCUCGACCCAAAGACAGGUAUUCCUCGGACACCUCACCCAUCGGAGCUCUCUCCGUACUACCCCCUGUCUCCUGGCGCUGUUGGUUCAAUCGCUCACCCUCUUGGCUGGCUGAUGCCACAGCAGGGCCAGCCCAUGUACUCCAUCCCUCCGGGGGGAUUCCGUCACCCCUAUCCAGCGCUAGCAAUGAAUGCAUCCAUGUCCAGCUUGGUGUCCAGCCGUUUCUCCCCUCACAUGGUGACUCCACCGCCGCACAGCCUCCACCAGACCGGCAUUCCCCAUCCCGCCAUUGUCUCCCCAGCCAUAAAGCAGGAACCCAGCGGUGAUAACAUCAGCCCCUCAAUGCAUGCCAGGAAAUCACCCGUUCCCAAGAAAGAAGAGGACAAGAAGCCUCAUAUCAAGAAGCCUCUGAAUGCUUUCAUGCUGUACAUGAAGGAGAUGAGAGCCAAAGUAGUGGCAGAGUGCACUCUGAAAGAGAGCGCUGCCAUUAACCAGAUCCUUGGAAGACGGUGGCAUUCCCUGUCGAGAGAGGAACAAGCCAAAUACUACGAGCUGGCCAGAAAAGAGAGGCAACUCCACUCUCAGCUCUAUCCAGGAUGGUCAGCACGAGAUAACUAUGGAAAGCGGAAAAAGAGGAAGAGAGAGAAUAAACCAGACUCAAAGCCAGAAGAUUUCUCAAUAAGAAGCAAGAAGCAGUGCGUGCAGUACCUGCCCUCGGAGAAGAUGUGUGACAGCCCUGCGUCGUCCCACGGCAGCAUGCUGGACUCGCCGGCUACUCCCUCUGCGGCUCUGGCCUCGCCGGCUGCUCCUGCCGCCACUCACUCCGAGCAGGCCCAGCCGCUAUCGCUCACCACCAAACCGGAGGGACGCAUGCACCACCACUUCUCCAUACCUGGGAAGGCAUCUGGAUCCACAUCCUCAUCUUCCUCCUCCUCCUCCUCCUCUUCCUCCUCCCAACCUCCCAUCUCCAUCCCUAUUGGUACUUCAGGUAGCCACUCGACCACACCCAUCCUCACCCGGCCAAUCCCUUUCACCUCUCUGCACCACUCCAUGCUCUCUCCCCCUUCCCCUUUCCAUCAGGCAGCCCUUCACUCCCAUCAUGCUCUGUUCCAGUCACAGCCCCUCUCCUUGGUUACCAAACCAACUGAAUGAAUCCACAAAGGCAAUUUUCUCCCAUUUAUUGUGCUGUAUAUUGCUUUUCUUUCAAAUAGAUAUUAGAACAACUUUUUUUCUAAAUAAUGAAAAGGAAGAAAUAUUAUUGGUCAAUAUUUGACUGUCUCCUUUUCUACAUCUCUCAAUGAAAUGUAUUUUUUGUAAAGUUUACUGCAGAACUGGUUUCUUUUUUGAUGCAUUUAUUCAAUGAACCUCUUGUAUAAAAGAACCAAUGUACAUAAAGUUUCUUUAUAAAAACAAAAAGGAACAAAAACACAUUUUCUUUUUAGCCAAAACCUGAUUAAUGUUAGUAUUAAGUUUUAAGUCCUAGUACUGGCCAAUAAUUGCAGCCCCCUUUUCAAUUCACGAGUGUGUGCCCUCUUUGACAUGUUAAAUAAACAUUUG